AUGAUGCGGAAAAUUUCGAUUCAGAUGAACGUACCGCACUCAGUCAGUCAGCUGAACGUAUUCCGGAAUCUGUUGAUGAUGAAUCAUCGUCUGCUGCGGCUUUCUCGUCGAUCUUCCCUCCUUGUCGAUUUAAUUUCACUUUUUCAACGAUCUUCUUCAAAUACUGUUAAACCAAUUCGUCUUCCUGGACAGUUCACUGGAACACAGGAUGAAAAUGAGGAAGAGGAAGACGAAGAUCCGAAACAGAUGUCAAAAGGAUGGGUACUGGAAACGAUACGUCAAAAAAAGGAAGCAAUUAUCCGUUUACGAAGUCAACCGUGGAGUAUGAAGCGGAAAAGACGUGCCCUAAAAGUAGCACGACGAUAUCUAAAACGUCAACAAUCAAAAGUAUCACGAUGGCAUCUGUAUAAAGUAGAAGCAACCAGGCAAUGGACAGCAUUUGGCCGUUGGUGUAGUAAUAUGAAAAUUUAUUUAAUACCAUGGGAAGCAAAAAUUAAAACAAUCGAGAGUCAUUAUGGUUCUGUAGUUUCAUCUUAUUUUACAUUCUUACGAUGGAUUCUUAGUGUAAACAUUACUAUGACAAUAAUAAUGAUGUUGUUUGUUACCAUUCCAGAGUGGUUAGCAGAUUCUCGAGGUGGCCCAGAACGAUUUAAUCGAACGUAUCAUAUUAAAGUUAUGAAAGAGAAAGAUAUACCACGAGCUGAUGAGUUGAAUACUGUUCUUGAUUUUAAAGGCUAUUUCGAGUAUUCAUUGUUAUUUUAUGGCUACUAUAGCAGUGAAACAUAUUUCGGUGAUACGGUGCAAUACAGUGUACCUGUUGCAUAUUUUAUUGUAAAUUUAUUUAUUCUCGGUUACAGUUUUUUUAUUAUUUUACAAAAGAUGGCAUCAAAUGCUCGACAAAGUAAGCUUUCCGGUGGUAAAGCGGAGCAAUAUGUAUUUAACUGGAAAUUAUUUGCCGGUUGGGAUUACUCAAUCGGAAAUGCGGAAACUGCUUCGAACUUUGUAAUGGCUAAUGUUAACAAAUUUCGAGAAAUAAUUGCUGAAUACAAUGUAAACCGUACAAAAAAAUUCGACUUUCUUCAAUUUACUCUUCGUGUCUUAGCAAAUAUAUUAGUGUUUGCGAUGCAAGCUGGAUCAGUAUGGGCUAUUCUUGCUAAUGCUGUAUCAAUAACGGUCUCAUUUAUCACUUUAACAUUUCCAAAUUUUUUCGAUCUCAUCAGUAAAAUGGAACGUUAUCAUCCACGAACUGCUCUUCGACUACAAUUAGGAAGGGUUUUAUUCCUCUACAUAUUGAAUUAUUAUACUCUUAUUAUUUCAUUGAUGUUUAUGUUGAAUACAAUGGAAAGUCAACGAAACGUUGGUGAACGUCUUAUUCCGGUUGCACAGUAUUCUUCCGAUUAUCAUCAUAAUAAGGCACCGGUUUACAACACUUCCUAUAAUCAAUUUAUUAAACAACGAAGUGGUCGUCAAGUGGUAUUCGAUUUUCCAUCUGUUGCGUCAUCACUUUUCAAUCGUAGUAAAUUCAUUGACAUUCCAACAACGCCAUCUCCUGGCAAAUCAUGGACAACUGUUUUUCCAAACUUUGGUCCACUUGGUAUCACAAAUCCAAAAGCUGUUGUAAGUGAAAAUCGACGUGGUAUUAUGAAUGCAAGUACGUUUGUUGCAUAUCCAAUUGGUAACACUGAUUGGACAAAAAAUAUUUCCGCUAAACCAACAUUUCUAAAUUAUUCCACUACCGUACAAGCGGUUUUGUCAGCAGCUCGUUUGUCCACGGAUUGGUAUGAGGAAUGUUGGGAAAAUCUUAUCGGAGAGGAAAUAACAAAAUUGGUGACAACUGAUUUGGUGAUGACAAUUGCAUCCAUUUUGGUGAUCGAUUUUUUCGAGCUCUUUGGGUUCGAUACACCAAUAUUUGGUGGUUUUGGAAUUUGGAAACAACAUUUCCAGAAUAUGGUGAAUUUAAAGUUGCUGAAAAUGUGUUACAUUUGGUAA